AUGGCAGAUAUAUCGACGUGCCCUCCUCUAACCCGAGACUCCGUGAAGGCCGCGCACAAUAGAAUCGAAUCCUACGUCCACCGAACGCCCGUGGUGACCUGCGAAACCCUCAACCAGAUCGCUUGCACUCCGCAGCGCGAAAGGAAAGAUGGCCAGCCGAGAGGCGAGCCUUCGAGUGGCUCAACGAGGUUGAACGUGAAGCUCUUCUUCAAAUGUGAGAAUCAGCAGAGGAUAGGCGCUUUCAAAGCAAGAGGAGCGUUUCAUGCAUUGCGACGGUUGAUUGAAGAGGAGGGAUUGGAGAAUGUUCGGCGGAAGGGUGUGGUUACGCAUAGUAGCGGUAAGGACAUGGGGCAAAAGGAAUGCCAUACGAUGCUGUUGCUGAGUAUUUGUUGGUACAUGUAGGCAACCAUGCGCAAGCCCUAGCCUUGGCAGCCAAAACCCACGGCGUCCCAGCACACAUCGUGAUGCCUACGAUUUCCACCCCGUCCAAGAUCGCCGGAACGCAGAGCUGGGGCGCGAAUGUGAUCUUUUCGGGUUCGACGAGUGAUGAGCGGGAAGCUGUGGUGAGGGAUGUCAUCGAGAAGACGGGGGCUACGUUGGUGCCGCCUUACGAUCAUCCGGAUAUUAUUCUGGGACAGGGGACUCAGGCGUUGGAAUUGGAGGAACAAGCUGAAGGCUUGAUUUCCGAAAAUGCUUCUUUGGGGAUUCCGGGGAAGAAGGGCUUGGAUGCUGUGAUAGCGCCGAUUGGAGGUGGAGGUAUGCUGAGUGGGAUCUGUACUGCGAUGCAUGGCACUGGGAUCAAAGUUUUUGGCGCCGAGCCCAACUUUGAAGGUGCGAAUGAUGCUGAACUCGGGCUUAGACAGGGUGAACGGAUCACCAAGGUGAAGACGUUGACGAUCGCUGAUGGUUUAAGAACACCCGUCGGAGAGAUUCCGUGGAGUAUAAUCACCGACAAGAAGAAGCUGGUUGGCGUUUACAGCGUGACGGAAGAGCAGAUCAAAGCUGCGCUGAGACUCGCUAUGGAACGAGCAAAGUUGUUCAUAGAGCCGAGUUCUGCCGUGCCGCUGGCGGUGAUACUGUACAACGAAGAGUUCAGGCGUCUGGUUGAGAAGGAAGCUGGAUCGGAGGGUUGGAACAUAGGGGUUGUUCUCAGUGGAGGGAAUACCACGGUGGAGGCGAUUGCGAAGCUCUUCGCAGCGCCAAGCAAGGUGGAAGAAAGGGCCGAGGCGAAAGUGGGCGCCAAUGGAGAGAGAGUCGCCGAGAAUGUAGCUGGUUGA